AUGACUGGAUCCGAUAAAAGAACCCCUUUGAUGAUCGGGCAGUUUAAGAAACCAAAGUGUUUUAAAAACUUGAACGUUGAUGAAUAUUUACAAUACCGGAAUUCUUCAAAGGCUUGGAUGAACAUGGAAAUAUUUAACGAAUGGUUGUAUAAUUGGAACAAGACUCUCAAACAAAAACAAAAAAAGAUACUUUUGGUUGUAGACCAUUGUCCUUCGCAUAGAAUAACAAUCGAAUUAAGUAUGAUAGAAGUUUUAUAUUUACCAAAAAACACGACUACUGUGCUUCAACCGAUGGAUCAAGGAAUCAUUAGAUCAUUCAAAUCUCAUUUCAACAAAUUUAAAUUUAAACAUAUAAUUGAACAAAUAAACUACGGUGACGCAACUAUUGAAUGCUAUAAAAAAUUAACCCUGAAAGAUGCAGUCUUAUUUUCUUAUCUAGCCUGGAAAGAUGUGUCAGUGGAUACAAUAUCAAAAUGUUUUCAGCACGCCAAAUGGGAAAACAGAAUUGAAGAACCUAUUAUGGGAGACCAUAAAAUAAAAAAUUUCGAACAAAUUAUAUAA